AAUUUUUUUGGGUUUCAUGUGUCUACAUAAGAAAACACCAACAAUAUUGUGCUCCUUUAACACCAUAAUAUUCAUAAAAGAUGCACUCUUUCUUUAGAUCAAAGGUCCAUUAGCAUGUUAUUAAGUCAUUAUGCAUAUUGUCUGGUUAGAUAUGGGAUGCAACUCGGUGUAAGAGAAUAAGAAUCAUGGAGGGACAUCGAUUACGAGUUGGGGCACUAGCUUGGAGUUCUUCUGUGUUGUCUUCAGGAAGCCAUGACAAGAGCAUUCUUCAACGUGAUAUACGAGCUCAAGAUGAUUACGUCAGCAAGCUAAGUGGUCACAAGUCAGGGGUCUGUGGACUGAAGUGGUCAUAUGACAACCGUGAAUUGGCAUCUGGUGGAAAUGAUAAUAGACUUUUUGUAUGGAACAACCAUUCAACACAACCUGUGCUAAAAUAUUGUGAGCACACUGCUGCUGUAAAAGCAAUUGCAUGGUCACUCCAUCUUCAUGGACUUCUUGCUUCUGGUAGUGGCACAGCUGACCGAUGCAUUCGUUUCUGGAAUACUACCACUAAUACUCAUUUGAAUUGCAUGGACACUGGUAGCCAGGUGAUAAGCUUAUCAUCAAUUAGGUUUAUCAAUAUUAUGUUCGAGCUGCGAGGGAGAAGAAUGGGGUUUAUAUUCCACAAGAAAGAUUUUAGCAGGAUGAAGCUGAAAAGAAGGCUCGUGCAAGAGAAGUUGGAGAGAUAA